AUGCAAUAACUAUUUGUCUACACAAAUUUUACAGUGAUUUGAGGUGACGACCCCAAGGAUACUGUCUCUGAUUCAUCAGCGACUCAUUUUUUUCAAUAAAGCCCACGUUUUCCAGAAUGCUAAGAGUUGAAAUAUUCAGUGUCUAAUGAAGUCAUUUUUUUCAUCAAACCCCUGUUUGUUCUGUCGUCUUAUUAGGCAUGCACUCUUUUGUGCAUCCAGUUUGAUGAGUUACUGUCUCUUACGAAAUUGAUAGCCCACCGAAUCUAACCUUUCAUAACACAUAUCCUUGCUGAAAUUAUGUACAUUUGCAUUCAUCUGAAAACGACUACGACUUCCCUUCACUGUGAAUUGAAAUACAGCUGUUGCUAAUGCAUGUUAGUUUACUUUUAAAUAUCUACUGACUGUGAUUACGAACGCGUUGUGAAUGUUGUAAACAACCAGGAAUCAGCUGAAAAUAUUUAUCAGUACCUAAUUAUAUACGUGCGAUAUAUUUCCAUUCUGAUAUUGCAAUAAAAUCAAUCAGGAAACUUUCGCGAAUCUUUCAUGGCUUCCUCAAUUGCAACAAACAGUUUUGGUUCGGUUUUAUUUAUGGUUUCAGCUUUCAAUUGUAAGUUGUCCGUCUCAUUGCAAAGUACUGAUCGUCUACUGUUAUGUUUUAUUUCGCCAUUGUUUUCACUUUUCGAUAAUUGUAGCAACAAAGCAUAUGAAGUUGAGGAACAUAAGAUGGUGAAUCAAAAAGUGAUUAUCAGAAUUUUUUGGAUUAAACUUUGAGUUACCAUGACAGAAACAUUUUUUGUUGUGAUCAGUUUUAGUAUUCGCAGUACUUACAACUCUUCAGGUAAUAUUUUCAGACUAAAUUCUAGAGUUUAUCGACAUCUUCCGACAUACAAGCAACUUCUUCACUAAGUAAGUAAAGAUGAAUGAGGCAACGUUAAGUGAAACUGAUCCUUUGUGCAUCGGAUAUUUGAUUUUUAUACAGGU